CAAGAGCAUGAGCUGAGACCAAGAGCAGCGCACGCAACAGGAUUAAAUUUACCUUCCUUUCCUGCAGAAACAGUACAGCAAAAAGGUCUCAAGAUCAUCAUCGAGGCUAUUCUUCACCACAUCACUGCUGUCGCUGCAGACACAGAAUGUUAAGCAUUGGCGUGGGGGGAUCAAUGUGACAUUCUUUCUUGUGCCUUUCGAUGAAGAGGCAGAGAGAGAUGGCACUGCGCAUGUGGCUCGUCGUCUUGCUCCUCACCUUCGCCGUGGUUGGUGCGGCGGCGCGGCAGCCGCCGGCAGCGAGGGUGCAGGAGCUCAAGCCCGCGGCCGCGGCCGCGGCCGCACGCCAAGAACCAUCAGAGCAAGUCCUUGCCGGAGACCAGGACGCGGCGACCACGACCACGUCCACGUCCACGCCGCCGGUGGGUUCUCUCUUCCCCGGCCUUCCGCCACUCCCCGCGCUGCCACCGCUUCCACCACUGCCACCCUUACCGCCUUUGCCACCGCUGCCGCCAUUGCCGCCGUUCCCUUCGGCAGGGACGACGCCGCGACCACCACCGGCGGAGUGCCUCACGUCGCUCGUGGAGCUGUUGCCGUGCGUGGACUACCUCACCAACGCCACGACACCGGUGGCGCCGCCGAGCACCUGCUGCGCCGGCUUCCGGUCGCUCGUCGGCAGCGCGCUUAUCUGCCUCUGCCACGGCAUCAAUGGCGAUAUGAGCAGGUUGCUGUCCAGGCCCAUCGACCCCGUCCGCAUGGUGCUCCUUCCCGCCAUGUGUAGCACCGUGCUGCCGCCACAGUCGCUUUUCAUGUGCUACAGUAGCGGAAACCGUGCCACCAUUGAUGCCCCCAUAGUUCUACUGUGCUACCGUCUUCAGUACGCGUAGACUAUCGAUCGGCCGAUCGCUGUAAGAGCAGACAAGGUUUCACUGUACAUAACUGCUGUGGCUUUUUUGUUUGAGUUGUUUGUGCAAGGGAAUGUCUGUUUGCCAGGACUCUCGAGAGGAUACCUUUUUAUUUUUGUCGUAUCACAAAGGCAUUCAAAAAUUAAAAAGGUAGAUUAAUAUAUGAGACAUAUCACUUUAUAAACAUAAGUUUAAAUAGUGCACACUAUUCAUAGUAAUUUUCUUAGGUUUUCAAGUUAAAUUUAUUUGAACUUGUAUAUGUGUAGAGUGAUAUAAGUAUAUUAUAUAACACAUAUUAGCCUGUCGGUUUUUUUUCAAGAAAAGAAUGGAUGCCUUUUCGAGUGACAUGGACAACACUAGUGGAUGUCAUCUUAAGAAAAAAAAUCCAUUUAUUCCAUAAAGAAAAUUUUAUCGAUACCAAGACAAUUACAUCAGUGAUACAACUAUGGAACUACCUUGAAAUCACUUCUUGUGAUCUCUAUAUAAUUAACAAGCUAUUGAAAAAUCCAUAUUCGUCUUUAACAAACUAUGUAUUAAUCUGUAGUGCUGCUACCAACUUAUCAUGUUAUCCUAUCGUGACUUUU